UUAGCAAUGGGAUCGGAGAAUCUGCCGAGGAACGAGGCGAACGUGCUCCGGGGGCACGAAGGGGCGGUGCUGGCGGCGCGAUUCAACUCUAACGGCGAGUAUGUCCUUAGCUGCGGCAAAGACCGCACCAUACGCCUUUGGAAUCCCCACCGUGGAUUGCACAUCAAGACCUACAAAUCGCACGGCCGUGAAGUCCGCGAUGUUCAUGUCACGGGGGAUAAUUCGAAGCUCACCUCGUGCGGAGGCGAUCGGCAAGUGUUCUACUGGGAUGUGGCGACUGGUCGUGUUAUUCGGAAAUUUCGCGGGCAUGAUAGUGAGGUGAAUGCUGUGAAGUUCAAUGAAUAUGCAUCAGUGGUUGUCUCAGCUGGUUAUGACCGUUCAUUGCGUGCUUGGGAUUGUCGAUCUCAGAGUACCGAGCCUAUUCAGAUUAUUGAUAGCUUUGCAGACAGCGUCAUGUCUGUUUGUUUAACAAAAACUGAGAUAAUUGCUGGAAGUGUUGAUGGGACUGUUAGAACAUUUGAUAUUCGAAUUGGUAGAGAAAUAUCUGAUGAUCUUGGGCACCCUGUGAACUGUAUUUCCCUCUCAAACGAUGGCAACUGUGUAUUAGCCAAUUGUCUUGAUUCGACUUUAAGGCUUUUGGACAGAUCAACUGGUGAAUCGUUGCAAGAAUAUAAAGGCCAUACUUGCAAGUCAUUCAAGAUGGACAGUUGCCUAACAAACUCAGACGCUCAUGUGGCUGGUGGCUCGGAAGAUGGUUAUAUUUACUUUUGGGACCUUGUAGAUGCACAAGUGGUGUCCAGUUUCCAAGCUCAUUCAUCAGUGGUAACUAGCGUGAGUUAUCACCCAAAAGACGAUUGCAUGAUUAGUGCCUCUGUCGAUGGCUCGAUUCGAGUUUGGAAAGCCUGAAAAACGAGGAGUAGUAGGAGGCAAUGAAGAACGUCAAUUUGCCGUUGCCUUGUUAUUUGGUCUCGACUUACUGGUUCGAUUGCUGAAAGUUUCAUCCAAUCCCUAGUGAAGAAAUGCCAAGUUUGAUCGAUAAAGACAGUUUUUCACAGCAUGGUUCUUGUUUUAUUAGCUUUUAUCUUUUUUUUUUUCUUUUUUUUUUUUUUUCUGAUUUCCUUCGUCAUAUGUAAAUGUAAAAUCGAAGCUAAUGCAACCAAAAAAAAAAAGGAAUAACUGCUCCAAAAAGCA